AUGGAUGUCUUCUCUUCGUUGUUUAUUGCUGUUUUCCUGCUGUCCUCGACAAGCACACACGCCAAGGAACUGAAGUCAAACGCUUCGACUUCUACAUGCAAGCCACAUCCACCUUCUGGAAUACCAGGAAUACCGGGAAUUCCCGGAACUAAUGGCGUCCCAGGAAUACCAGGAACUCCCGGUGCUCCGGGCAGAGAUGGCUACAAAGGAGAGAAGGGCAGCAUCGGAAAGAGGGGUUUGCAAGGUGCUAUAGGAAUCCCAGGGAAAAUUGGCUUGCGAGGCGCUGAAGGAUCUAAAGGGGAGAUGGGAGAAAAAGGAGAAAAUGGUACGAUGGGAACAAAAGGAAGUACGGGUAUCCCUGGGAACAUUGGCCCCAGGGGCUCAAAAGGGUCCAAGGGAGAAAUUGGUAUCGGAACAAAGGGAGAGAAAGGAGACGCAGCAAAUAUGGAUCCAAGACAGAGAGCUAAUUGGAAACAAUGCGCAUGGCGACAAAACACGGGUCUUGACAACGGUAAAAUAAAGGUACGUCAUCGUAUUAGGAUCUGUUUAACUUCUUGGCUUGCGGUCUACGAUUGAGGAGGUAAAAUUGCUAUGAUAUCUUUCUAGGGCAUAUUGCGUUUUAUUAAAGUUCUCCGUCGUUAUGUAGAGGUAGGAAGCUUAGUAAAAUCGAUAAAAGAUUAUUUCCGUAGUAGAUA